AUGACAUUUUACGUCUUAUUUAUCGAUUCUUACGAUUCCUUUACGUACAAUGUUGUUGAACUAAUUAAAGAGCAGCGAGAAGAUAUAGAGGUGGUGACAAUUCAUAACGACACAUUUGCAAGCUACGAAGAACUCAAGCCGUUUUUGAGGCUCUUUGAUGCAAUUGUGGUAGGACCUGGACCUGGUAAUCCUGUGAAUGGACCAGCGGAUGUUGGAAUUGUUGCGUCCUUAUUCAAUGAUGACUUGGUGAUUCCAAUCUUAGGAAUCUGCCUUGGGUUCCAAGUCAUGUGCCACGUUCAUGGUGCCACAAUUGAGCAAUUGGACAAUAUUAGACAUGGCCAGGUGUAUCCAAUCAACGUAAAGGAGUGUGGUGCCGGUACUGAGGGGCUCUUCUCCGAAUAUCCAAGUACUUUUGACUCUGUGAGAUACCACUCUCUCCACGUGAUCUGCGAUUCUGAAAGUAGUAAUAAAAUUGUUCCACUAGCGUACACAUUAGAUGAAGGAAAGCAGGUCUUAAUGGCGGGAAUGAUUGCUGGAAAACCAUGGUAUGGGGUCCAAUACCACCCAGAAUCUUGCUGUUCGAAGCUUGGUGGGAAAUUAAUCCAGAAUUUUAUUAAAUUGGCGACUAACUAUAACCAGAAGGAUGUGAUGAGAGGCGGUUCUCAUCAUGACUCCGAAUGCGACAUGCAAAAACUAUCCAUAUUGUGCCAUAAGAUUGACCGUGAACCAAUUGUAAAGAAAACUCCAAAUGCUGGUCCAAAAAGCACUGUUUCUUUUGAUACGAUGGAAAUCAAUCAAGAUCCAAAAGUGACGCUACGGAUAUGUGAAGCAUUGGAAAAGAAUAAGAUCCCCUUCUUUUUAUUAGCAUCUUCUACUAUCAAUCCAAAUCGUGGCGAGAUGUCUAUCAUUGCACUACCAAAUAAGCAAAGCAAAGUAUUCACGCACUAUGCACAGUUGGACAAAACUACUAUUCAUAACUGGCAACAAGAUGACCUGACAGUUGAGGAAUACCAUGACUAUUUAUCUUCCGGGAAGACAGACGAUAGAAUGACAGUAGUGUCCGAAACUAAAAAUGAGUUCUGGAAAACAAUUGGCACAUACAUGGAUUCAAGAAGUUGCCCAUCAGAGUACCCUGAGUUACCAUUUGUUGGUGGGUUUGUUGGUAUCUUGGGAUAUGAAAUGGGUCAGUUUACGGUCUCUGAAUCCCAAGAGAAAUUAAGACCAGAUGCAAAGCUGUGCUUUGUGGAAAACAGCAUUUUGAUUAACCAUAAGGAGGGGAAACUGUACACAAUUGGACUUAACUGCGAAUUCCCAUCAGAUAUCAACACUUUAAUUAAACAAACCAUUGAAACAAAAGAAGACUUAGCUUGGCCUAUGGAGCUUCCUGAAGACGUUUCCUAUGAUAUUUCGUUACCAAAACAAGAAGCAUAUGAGAAAGCAUUUGAACUGUCUCAAAAGUAUUUGCACCAAGGUGAUAGUUAUGAGGUUUGUUUGACAACGCAAACAAACAUCAAACCAAGCAAAGUAAUCGAGCCAUGGAGAAUUUUCCAGACCUUGAUCCAGAGAAACCCUGCGCCAUUUUCGAGCUUCUUCAUGUUUGAUGAUGUGGAACCACAUAGGUUUGACUUGUGUUUGAUUUCAACGUCACCAGAAAGAUUUUUGAAGUACUCCAAUGAUACCUGCGAACUAAGGCCAAUCAAGGGCACUGUCAAGAAGGGCCCUGAUAUGGACCUGGAAAAAGCUACUGCAAUAUUAAAGACACCAAAAGAGUUUGGCGAAAACCUAAUGAUUUUGGACUUGAUAAGAAAUGAUUUAUAUGAGGUGUUACCCAAAGUGACUGUCGAUGAGAUGAUGUCAGUUGAGGAGUAUGCCACCGUUUAUCAGUUGGUCAGUGUUGUCUCGGGGCACAAAAUGGCCUCUUCCCCAUAUUCAGGACUAGACGUUUUAAAGCAUUCUUUACCGCCUGGUUCGAUGACCGGUGCUCCUAAAAAGAAGACAGUAGAACUUCUACAAGAACGCAUAGAACCAAUAUUCGGCGCCGCCACUCGUGGAGUCUACUCCGGUGUAACUGGUUACUGGUCAGCUAACAUGAACGGUGACUGGUCCGUGAACAUCAGAUGCAUGUACUCGUACGACGAGGGGAAAAAUUGGAGGAUUGGAGCCGGAGGUGCUAUCACAGUUUUAAGCACCUGCGAAGGCGAGUGGGAAGAGAUGUUCACCAAAUUAGAAAGUGCGCUACAGGUUUUUACGAAGUAG